AUGAGGAGUGCACAGGUAUCGGUGGCUCUUAUUUUGAGCCUGCUCCAUUUAGUCGCAGGACUGAGUUGGCCUUCUGUGGCCGACUCAGAUCGAUAUGCGAUCCGGUCACAGCGCGACCUCACUUUGAAUGUGUCGAUGGAUCAGCUUCUGUAUCCCGGCAUAAAUCUCAACUCGGUACUUCUGGAGCCGUUAAACUAUACAUAUGAGGUCUUUUCGAGUUUUAGUGAUUUGGUAUCAUGGGGCGCUGGCAGAUUCUUUCUGAAUCUGUACUGGAAUUAUCGGAAAGGUAAUUGGCAACUGUGCCCUUACAUCGAAGGCAUCCAGGAAGAGUAUACAGACGGAGGUGACCACAGAAUAGUCGAGCUCAACUACGACGGAACAAGGGAGGCUGCUGUAUUUUACUACAACGAUAGCGCGUAUACAUGCAAUCUUACUGUCACCUUUGACACCUUUCUUUCCGAGAUAGUCAGAGAUCAGUGGAUUCGGACGACAGAUGAUAAUCUGAACGCGAGAACAAUUAUCGUCACGCUCAACUUGCAGGAGGCCAUCAGUCCUGACUUUGCACCUAAUGCCUCUAUUUUGACUGAGAGUGUGGUUUCGACGAGCACCAAAGCCACCUCUAGCACAAGAGCACACGGAAGUAGCAGCUCACUUCUCUCUACAACCACUCGUCCUUCGUCCGAAGCUACCUCACAUCACUCCCCGCCCAGUGAGAGAGCGAGCUCAAGCCUACUAUCUCACACAUCACCUACUGCUAGUAGUAGCUCCAAACCACAGUCAACAGUCACUAGCUCUCACACAUCUUCUAGCGCCACGAGCAGUAGUUCUCAUGCACUUACCAGGAGAGCUGUGGGAACCGAACUUUCAGAGUCGGCGUCAUCGUUUCGGGUUUAUGCAACAUCGACUGCUUAUGAUGGUCUUGAUACCUCUUCAGAUUCAAAUGACAAAGAGUUAUCACUAUCUGAACAAGUCAAAGAAAUAAUGGACGACUACAUCUACACACCCAAGGAUUUAGCGCUAGACCGGAAACGAACAUCUUUCACCUGGAACUCGACCGGCGCUUCUUCUGUGGGCUGGCCACUACUGGAGGAUAUUUUGUUCCGUGACUUCUACCGGAUCCUCUUCUCGUUCGGUGAUAUUGAUGUUGAUACAGAUGAGUAUGACACCGACGGCGAUCUCGACGUAAUUUUCAGCAGCUCGGAGGUUCCAUAUUUGGGAACGCGAGCUCUUCUUUACAGCACUGCAUUUUCUUCUUCCGAACUGGAUCCUUCUUCCUCUCCCGUUUGCUCGAUAGAUGUGAAUACGUAUAAGGUGGAUUUGACGUCGACUGGCGACGCAGUGCCUCCUUCAUUUCUGAUUGCAAGUGACAUAAGUGAUAAUGUUUUUACUGCCGAUGCUAUGAAGCAGUAUCUGAAAUGUGGUUUCAGCCCUGUACUCAAUGCGACUAAAAGCACAGAGACGGAAAUCGUCAACUAUGUGACAGAGAAUCUGGCUGCGGCGAAAUGGUCGUGGGAGAAAGAUGAGCCAAAGGUGAUCUCAACAGCAUCUUCGGAGACAACGUCUUAUUUACAAGUGAAAUGUGCUGCACAAACAGAGGAUGGCUGGGUCGUUGAGAAUUGCUACAACAAGUAUCGAGCAGCCUGUCGGGUAUCAAAAGAGACGUAUAAUUUUGUGCUCUCGGAGAAAGAGGUUUCUUAUUAUGACGCGGUUGAUGCAUGCUCGAGCACUAGCAAUCAGCUUUUCACCUUACCACGGACUGCGCUCCAGAAUACGGUUUUGGAGAGAUUACGACAAGAGAAGGUGAAGUCUGAGCCAAUUUGGGUCGACCUGAAUUCGCUUGCGCAUCCGAAUUGCUGGGUUUCUGGAGGACCAGGGGCUAGCUGUCGUUACGAAGCAUCCACGACUCGGCAGAGUGUUGAAGUUGUCGUGCCAACAGUAGCGGCUAUUAUUGUUGCUAUUUUGCUCGCCUUGACGCUAUGUUCCAAAAUAUUUGGUUCUCAGCAAGUCAAGGCUCGUCGACGUCGGCGGCGAUAUGUCAAAUUGUUUGGGGAAGCAGAGUAUGACGGCGUUCCGGUAAUCUUGAUUUGGCUCGCCCGCGUUUCGAACGUCAUCUGGCGUCCAAACCGCUAA